AGAAACGAAACAAAAACAACCAAACUUAGAAGAAAAACAAAAUAGACAUGGCAGCCAUGUUCCUAACCAGAAAUGCCCUCUUUCGGUUCUCAAAGUCCCUCCCUUACUCCCAUUCACUCUCCCACAAACCCUCCAGGGUCACCUUCGCCUCCGCUUCCAACUCUCCACACUGGAAAAAUGCGGCAGAAGGAAGAAAAGGCGAUUGGACAUAUGAUUCUGGUGAUGCGAAUGCAGAUGAAAUGUCCUCGAAGGCGAAAGAAACGAUGAGCGAAGGCGUGGAUAGGGCGAAGGAGCAAGCACGAGAGGCGAAAGACAGAACCAAAGACUACGCAUACGACGCAAAGGAGAAGACAAAGGACGCAGCGGAGAACGCCAAAGAGAGGGCCAAAGAGUACGCCUACGACACGAAAGAGAGCGCGAAGGACGCUGCGGGAAGCGCGGCGGAGAAGACGGAGGAGGUGGCGGGCUCGGCGACGGAGACGCUGAAGAACGUCGGAGAGAAGGCGAAGCAGGGGAUGCAGGGGGCGUGGGAGACGGCGAAGGACACGACGCAGAAGGUAAAGGAGACUUUGGUUGGUAAGGAUGAUGAUGAUAAUGAUGAUGGUCAUGGUCAUGGUCAUGGUCAUGGUCAUGGUCAUGGUCAUGGUCGUGGUGGUCUCAAGGAUGAGGAUCUUUUGAAUAGAAGAGUCGGUGGUAAGGGUUAUGGUGACAAGGGUUAUUAGACUUUGCUUAGUAUUUAUGUUUCUUUCUAGUCUUGUUUUUCAACAUGAGGAUAUAAAGGAUGAUGUUGUUAGUUGACAUGGCAAAAUUGUUUUUGUCUUCAUGCAAUAUUACUAUUAGGUGUCUCCUCUUGGAAUAAAAUUUUAGUUCAUAUUCA